AAAAUAAGCGAUGAGAUAAAUAUAUGAAAAUGGAAAAAGGGUAUUCAUUUAAAGUGGCACAGAUAGAGAGAGAGAGGAGAUAGAGAGUUUAGAGAGAGAAAGAGAGAGCAAGAGGAAACCUCAAGUGGGGGAGAGAGAGAAGCUGAGAUAGAAAUUGGGGAGAAGGGAGAAGGGCGAAGGAGGGGCAUUUCUGAAAAGAUCUCAAGCAGAGAUUUUUUUCCUUAUCCGGUGAAUCUUGAAUUUGUCUCCGGCGAUUCUUGUUGUUUUCCGGCGAGAUAUGCUCCGGCGACCGGCCUCUGAUGAGACGUCGGAUUAAAUUUCAGCAUCUGUGUGGUCGAGCUCGAGUUCAGAUUCUGAAGCGCGUGAAGGUCAGUGAUGGACAGAAACAGAGAAUCCAGGAGAGCUAGCAUCGUCGGCUCCAAUGGCUUCAAUCGGAGAAGGCACAGAACUAACAGCGUUAGAGACUCUCCAGAUGAAGAUGGGGGAGUGGAAUUACAGGAAUCUGUGAGGCUGAGGGAGAGAGUGAAGAAAGAUCGAGAUCGAGAUCGGGAGAGGGAGAGAGACAGGGAGAGGGAAAGAGAUAGGGAGAGAGAAAGAGAAAGGGAAAGAGAUUUGAGAGAGCGGUCCAGUCGGAGUAAAAGGAGGAGAGCCGAAAGACUGGCGAGCAACAGAGAUGACACCGGCGGAGAUGAGACCUCCGACGAGAGCCUCAACGACGACGAGGACGAGGAAUACGAAGAUAACGUCGGCGUCAGGAUGCUCUCUCCGGCGGUGGGUUCCGUUUCCAACCACCACAACCACCUCGUUCACGGUGGAGGCCACCAUCAUAGUCAGAGCAGUAGCUUUAGUCAACCACAACAGCACAACAGUAACAGCACUAGCAAUAUUGUAAGUAACAGCAGCCACCAUCUUCAGCACAGGAAAACCUUCCCUCCAAGCUCUUCUUCUUCAGCCAAGGUUCUGAGGGCGCCGCCUGUUUGGAAAUCCGGCGACGAGAUGAUAGGAGUCUCCGUUCCCAGAAAAGCUCGUUCUGUUUCCACGAAGAGGUCGCACGAUUGGAUCUCAAGCACCAGCAACAACAGCAGCGGCGGAGUUUCCGGCGGGGCAGAUCAGAAUCCGGCGCAGCCGUCAAGUUCUCCGGCGAGACCGACGCACGUUUCUGCAUCUCCUGUCACGCCCGCGGUGGCUCCACCGUCUCCAUCUUCUUCCAAUGCUUCCAUUCGAAAAAAGCCUAAACACAGCGCUAACAGCGCCGCCGGCCCUAAAUUAAAGCCGCCGAAAGUCUCAGCAUCAUCGUCAAAACCCAGCUCUUCAAACCCGGAGGAGCUUGAGAUUGAGAUUGCCGAGGUUUUAUACGGCUUGAUGACCCAGACACAAGGCCCAUCUACAUCAAAGAAAGAGGAAUCAAGAGAAGUUAAUCGGUUGAGCAUGGAUGCGAAGUCACAUAAUUCAUCUCCGAUCUCUAAUUCAAUUCAGAAUAACAAUAAUAAUCUCCCAGCCGGAGGAGCUAAUUCCGGCGCCCUUUCCGCCGUUGCCCCAAAGAGAAAGCGGCCGAGGCAGGUACCGGAAGUCUCGAAUUUGGGCGUACGGACAAAACCAGAAACAGAUCAGCCACCAAAGAGCGAAAUAUCAUCUCCUAAUGUGGAGAAAAUGCCGGGAUCUGCAGGUGAGAGUGCGUCUGAAGCCAUCGAGGGCAAUCCUGUCAUUUCACAAGGACAGGCAGCCGAGCCGCCUGUGUUAACAGCGCAAGUUUCAAUGAAGAUGGAAUCGGAGCUGAAGCCUGUGGCCAACGAAUUUAGGGAAAGCAGAAGUUUCAUCGCCAAGGAAGAUGUUAGCUCAUCUAAGGAGCAGGAAUCUCCUGCUGUGAGAGUCCAGGAUUCCAGUAAUAGGGACUCGCCAUCGGUAGCCACUUCUUCAUCUGCAGCUGAUACACCGACUAAUGCGUAAGUUAUUUGCUGAAAUAGGAAUUCAGAAUCUGCUCGUUUUGAAUCCGAAUUCAGGCACCCCCUCCACAAGUGAGAUCAUCGCCAGAAAGGGAAACCAAGAUUGAUUUGAGUGCUUCGGCCGCCAUUGUUGAUCAGAAGCCCCUUUUAUUGAAUCUCGAUAAAGAUAUGAAGCCGGUAGUGGUGUCGAAGGACACCGAGAACUACAAGGGUGAAAAUGGAAAUCCGAACAUUCUAUCGUUGAAUGUGGCAGCUGAAGAAAAGAAAUCUGAGGAGAGUGAAUCUAACAAGACAAUCGAGAAGAAGGCGAUAGAUACUGAUUUAAGUCUUGAUUUGGUGGAAAAGCCGGUAAGAGAAAAUGUGAGCUCUAGCGUUAAUGCGAACGGUAACAAAUCCCCAAUCCAGAUUGAAAAGCAACAAUUGCCUGCUAAGGCACCAAGCAAAGAAGAGCCUCCUUAUGAGAAACCUGGUCAUUCAACAAGCUCAGUGCCUUUACCCAUGUCCAUGGCUAGUUGGCCCGGUGGGCUUCCUCCUAUGGGGUAUAGUCGGUUUAAUUAUUGCCACAUACUUUUGGAAUUUCAAAUUGGCAAUAUCUAUUUUUUUUUAAGGUCUUUUUUUCUUCAACAACAGAUACAUGGCCCCAUUGCAAGGUAUGNUUGUUUAGCCGCUUUUUUCUCAACCACGACCAAAACGUUGUGCCACACAUUGCCACAUUGCCAGGAACAUACACUGUCUCCAGCAGUUGAUGAAGAUGAACCCUUUCUGGCCCGCUCCAUCCGGCCCAAUUUGGCCACUACUCCUUCCAGAGGUGUUAGUAGUAGUAGCAGUAGUGGCCAUGACAAAGCAAAACAAGCCCUUGCCUCUACCCCUAAUAAUAAUAUUGCUAAGGACAAAAAUUCUCAACCUGCUAAUAGUUCCGAAUCUGCACAAAGAAAACAGCAGCAGCAGCAGAUUUUGAUCCAGCAAGCUUUGCCCCCUGUGCCACCUAGCAAUUUACUUGCUCCAGCAUUCAUUUUCCCUCUAAACCAGGCCUCUCGUCCGCCAGCCGGAAAAUCCCCGACAACAGUGCCUUCUCCAAAUGCGGCCAUUACUGCCACAACAGCGCCAAUGAGCUUCAGCUACCCAAACAUGUCCCCAAACGAGACUACACAAUACUUAGCAAUCCUCCAAAAUAAUGCUUACCCUUUUCCAAUCCCACCAAACUAUCGAGGAGGAGGACCUUCGGCUGCUCAAGCCAUGCCUCUCUUCAAUGGCCCCUUCUACCCCUCACAGCUCAUCCACCAGUCAAAUGCGUCUGCUGCACCGAAUAAUAAUUCCUCAAAGCAUCAAAGGCUGCCGCCCCAGAACAAUUUUCCCUCCUCGCAACAGAAAGCUCACACCAAUCAUGGAGGUGAAGAUGCCACGUCAGCCAAUGAUAAUAAUCGCGUGUCACGAGGAGCUAAUGUGAAUAUGUACGGGCAAAAUUACGCUUUUCCCAUUCACCCGCAGAAUUUUGCUUUGAUGACAGCUCAUCCUAAUAAUCCGAAUGAGACAAAAAAACAACAGCCCCAUCAGCAGCAGCAGCCGGGAUUGCAUAAGUCUGGUGGGGGAGUCGAGACAUUGCCGCCACCUCAUACGUUUGCUAUGUCGUUCAACAACGGGGCUCCUCCUGAUAAUAAUAGGGUGCAAAACCCUGUUAUUUUCCAGAACUUUCCGGAAGCCGCACGGCAGAGUGUCCAAAUGAUGGCUGUUGCGCCACCGCAGAAGAGCUUCCGGAUUUCUGAGGAGGGUAAAUCCGUAAAUGUCGACACCUCCUCGUCCAAGGAGGACGAGAGAAAAAGCUUCGUGUCGUCUUCAGUUCAGGGAAAUACUGCUUCUCGACCCUCAAUGACCAGCGGCAUGACAUCAGCAAUGAAUGUGCCCAAUGCACACGUCCAAGUGCAAGCGCAGCUUCAUCAGCAGCAAAUGCUUCAGCUUAAACAGCAACAGCAGCAGCAGCAAAUGGCGGCGGCUGCUAAUGCCGUUAAUCGAGGCAAAGUGCCCGUGACCAACAACGGGAGCAUAUACUCUUCUGACCAUUUGACUUCCAAAUUUCAAAACACAAUCUCACCAUUCCCACAGAACAUCAUCCAGAGCAACAGCCCAAGCCCAAGCCCAAGCCCAUCUCAGUCUCCCCAAUGGAAGAAGGCGGGCCCACAAGCCCAAGGCCCAUCGUCUCUUGGGCCGACAGUUGUAUCAUCCAUGCACAAGAACAUCAGUCACCAGCAUUCUCGAACUCAAAUAUCCUUUGGAGGUAAUAAUCAAAAGCAAUCGGUAAUUAACUCACAAGGGCAACAACAACAAGCAGUGCCGCCACUGCCUUCUAAUAACAGCAAUCAAGUUGGGUCACCCACGACUUCUUCAAUUUCCAAAGGAGCAAAUAGUGGGAGCCCGAGAACAACUUCAUCCGCCUCAACAAACCACAAAACGGGCCACGGCCCAUCAUUUUCUACUCAGCAGCCCAAAAACUCGCCUUCCAUCCAGAAAUCGCCCUCGAUUCUCGGAAAUCAUCCUCAUGGGCCGAAAAACCAAAUGCAACAGCAGCAGCAUUCGCAGCCCAAGACCAUGCAGCAGCAGCAGCAGGCCCAGGCCCAGUUAUUCUUUUCGAGCCCAUAUACCCAAUCACAGCCCCAUUACUCAGCAAGCCCAGCUGUUACCAGCUCAAGCGGAUAUUACAUGACACAAAGACGGUCCAACGGGCCUGACCAGCACCAGCGAGGCCCGGGUGGUGCUCCUAUGAUGUCAUUAAGCACUACUACAGUCUCAAUGCCUAAUAAUAGCACAAAUGACCCAGCUUCAGCAAUUGCAGCAGCUACUUGUAAUGCGAAAGGCGGAGGUUUGCAGUUACAGAGCAUGAUGCAUGGGUCACCAUUUGGUGGCCAAUCGAGCGGGAUUUUGCCAGCUGGGUUCUCGUACGUACAUCCUGUGGCGGCUGGAGUUCAGGUGAAACCUGCUGAGCAAAAGCAGACUAACGGAAAUGACAAUUUGCAUCCAUGGCAGCCUGAGAAGAAAUGAAAAGGAUCUUGCAGUGGAAUAUCUGACCUGAUAAUGGUAUGAUGGCGUGCACGGCUCUUGUGGAGUGAGAAAAAAGGAUGGUGGUGAAUGUAGCUGGCCUGAAGUGUAUAAUGCUCUGUGAAAUCGAGAUGAAAUGUGUGUUUGUGUGUACACUCAUCUAUAUGUUGGCAGGGUUCUUGAUAGGUAAAUAUGCUAUUUUGAAACUGCAGGUAGUUUUGAUGGCUUUGGUAGGGAAGGUUAAUGAUAAUCAAUUAUUAUUAUUUUUUUUUUUGGUUUUGUUUUUGUAUGGACAAGAAGUUAGAUGUUAGAAAACAGAUGAGGAGUAAUUUGAGAAGAUAUUCCCAUCUGGGUUUUGGUUUUUAGGUAGUGGAAGUUCUUUUUUCAUUCUGAAGAAAAAAAAUAUAUAUCAUUUGUAUCUCAUGUUAGCUCUUUUACUGCUGCAAAAUUGUCUUUAACUUUUGUUCUGAAAUACUCAAAAGAAAAGUAGAAGUGAAAAAUGCUAGUAUUGAGGGUGUACAUAUUUGUUUAUGUGCAAGAAAAGAUUAAUCUCUCUCUCUCUCUCUCUC